UGGCUGCAUGUGAGAGGAAGCGUCGUUUUAAACUUGGGGGCGGGAGUUAGUUCAGUUUGAAUCAGAGGAACAGAAUCUCAGCUCGGACCUACACGGUGAACCCUACAGGAACCGCACAGUUUGAACUCAUGGCUUCCCAGAAUAUGGAUCCUGCAGCGGCAGCAGCUUCUUCCACAGCUGCUCUGAAGGGCAGUGAGAGCGGCGGCAGCGCGGCCAAAGGCUCGGUGUCCAAACGGUUACAAAAAGAGCUCAUGACUCUGAUGAUGUCGGGUGAUAAAGGAAUCUCAGCGUUUCCAGAAUCAGAUAAUCUCUUCAAAUGGGUCGGAACCAUCGAGGGACCUCAGGGGACGGUGUACGACGGGCUCAGGUACAGGCUGUCUCUGGAGUUCCCGGCUGGUUAUCCGUAUCAGGCUCCUCAUGUAAAGUUUGUCACGUCGUGUUUUCAUCCCAACGUCGAUGAAAACGGUUCAAUCUGUCUCGACAUCCUGAAGGACAAAUGGUCGGCGCUCUACGACGUCCGCUCCAUCCUGCUGUCAAUCCAGAGCCUGCUUGGAGAACCGAACAACCAGAGUCCUCUGAACACGGCUGCUGCUGAACUCUGGGACGACCAGGAAGCCUUCAAAGCUCAUCUAAACUCGACCUUCCAGAAGUGAAGCUGCUCCUCGUUUCUUCUUGUGUUCGUCUUCUGUGUUUGUACAAUAUUUUUAUGUUUGUUCACCUCGCCGUAUCAAUAAAAUUCUUAAUUCAA